AUGUCCGGGAAAACCAUCUACCUCGGAGUCAUCGGAGUUGGUGGCGUCGGAGCCCAUUUUCUCACCCAAUUGUCCCGUCUCCCCAAUGCUCCCUCUCUCGUCCUGCUUGCCCGGUCUUCGCAAACAGUCACCUCCCCCGCGCCCAGCUAUUCCCCCGCAAUUGCUCCGUCAGACUGGCAAUCUGCCUUCUCGACCUCCUCCUCUGCCUCAUACACCCAAUCCGGAGCCUGGAACCCAGACCAGAUCGCCGCAUAUCUGUCAAAAGCUCCCGGCCGCGCCGUUUUGGUCGACAAUACCUCCGACCCCACAGUUGCGGAUGCGUAUCCCCUCUUCCUCAGCAAGGGCAUCAGCAUCGUAACCCCGAACAAAAAAGCAUUCUCCUCCUCGUUUAAUCUAUGGAAGAAUAUCUUCAACACAGCCGCCAGCACCUCCUCCCUUGUUUACCACGAGAGCACAGUCGGCGCCGGUCUGCCCGUGGUCUCCACCCUGCGCGACCUCGUUGCAACAGGCGACCGCAUUACUCGGAUCGAGGGGGUGUUCUCAGGAACCCUUUCUUUCCUAUUCAAUUCUUUUGCUCCUGCCACAGCGCAAUCUGGCGUUUCUGCGCAGAAAUGGAGCCAGGUCGUCGCCCAAGCCAAAGACCUCGGGUAUACUGAACCGGAUCCCCGCGAUGAUCUGAAUGGCAUGGAUGUCGCUAGGAAAGUAACCAUCCUUGCACGGAUUGCUGGCUUGGAAGUGCAGAGUCCAGAAUCAUUCCCGGUUGAAAGCUUAAUUCCCGCUAAGCUCCGGGGGCUCACCAGUGCAGCGGAGUUUAUGCAACGUCUUCCCGAUUUUGAUGAUCAGAUGGAAGCCAUCAAGAACCAGGCGGAGGCUGAGGGGAAAAUUGUGAGAUAUGUUGGCAGGGUAGAUGUCGAGGGCAAGGUUGUUAAAGUUGGAUUGCAGCAGUUUGAUAAGGAUAGUGCUAUUGCAGGUCUGAAGGGCAGUGACAACAUUAUCAGUUUUUAUACUGAAAGAUACGGGAAGAACCCGCUGAUUAUCCAGGGUGCUGGGGCUGGUGGUGCCGUUACUGCCAUGGGAGUCACGGCCGAUCUUAUCAAGGUGCUCGAACGACUUCACUAG